UUUAUGCAUUUUUGCCCUUUUCUGUGAGUCACAAUUUGUUAUCUGAUGUUAAAAAGGAGUUCACCACUUAUGGCACCCCCAAAUUGUCUUGUUGUCUUUCUCUAGUAACGAUUUCUUACUUCGAAUUUAUCAGUAUAAUUUACAAUACCGUUCAGUGUUGAGUAAUGAACUAUGACAUUUGAACUGACUUCCUGUUUGUCAUUGCCGAUUUUCACUCCGGACUGCUUCUUUUUCGUUUUGGCCAGCGUCAAGACAUCCACACAUUGCAAGCUGAGGCAAUAAGAUAUUUUCCAGAGAUGAAGCUGAACAUUUCCUAUCCAAUCACCGGCUGCCAGAAGCUCUUCGAGGUAGUGGACGAGCACAAGCUGCGUAUUUUCUACGAGAAGCGCAUGGGGGCCACUGUGCCGGCGGAUCCUCUGGGCGACGAGUGGCAGGGCUACGGGCUCCGCAUCGCCGGCGGCAAUGACAAGCAGGGGUUCCCCAUGAUGCAGGGCGUCUUCAGUCAGCAGCGCGUCCGCCUGCUCCUCAAGUCCGGGCAAUCCUGCUACCGUGCCCGUCGCGACGGCGAGCGGAAGCGCAAGUCAGUGCGCGGAUGCAUCGUCAAUGCCAACAUGUCCGUGCUGGCCUUGGUGGUGGUGCGCAAGGGCGAGCAGGACAUCCCCGGCCUCACGGACAUCUGCAAGCCCAGGCGUUUGGGCCCCAAGAGGGCCAGCAAGAUCCGCAAGGUCUUUAAUCUGGCCAAGGAGGACGAUGUGCGUCGCUAUGUGGUCCGUCGUCCUCUGCCGGCCCAGGAGGGCAAGAAGGCCACCACCAAGGCGCCGAAGAUCCAGCGCCUGAUCACCCCGGUUGUCCUGCAGCGCAAGCGGAGGAGGAUUGCCGAGCGCAAGAAGCGGGCUGCCGCCGCCAAGGAGUCGGCUGCCGAGUACGCCAAGCUGCUGAUGCUCCGCAAGAAGCAGUCCAAGGCCAGGCGUGAAUCGGAUAAGCGCCGCCGUUCGCUGUGCCUGCGCAGCUCCAAGUCGUCGGUGAACUCCAAGUCUUCGGUGAACUCCUCCACUUCGGUCUAGGAACCCGCAUCGUUAGGAUCUCAAUAACUAUUAUCAAAUAAAAUGGAAUAAUACUAGAUAUUCAAUGCACAUUGUUCAUAUCCAAUUGUACAUCUCGCUUAAGAUUUUAUUUGUGGUUGAGGUGUUUGUAUGUACUGUCGAUAUUUACUUGGUUGAAUAUUAUAUAUUUACGAUGCUUGUA